CCUGCUACCUUGUGGAUGUCUGUCUUUGUGUGUGUGCGUGUGCAUUUGUUUGCAUUCAACUGGCAUUGUAACGCCCUGCAGCGGACAUAGCUCGCAAUAUGGGCACAAAAACAGUCAUCGCCAUUGAUGUGGGCAGCCAGGAUGAGACUGAUCUCUGUAACUACGGUGACAGUCUUUCUGGCUGGUGGCUGCUAUGGAAACGAUUCAACCCGUGGGCUGAGAAAGUGAAGGUGCCUGACAUGGCAGAAAUCCAGUCCCGUUUGGCCUACGUAUCCUGUGUACGACAGCUGGAACUUGUCAAGAAGAGUGCAUACUGCGAGUACAUUUGCCCACCCAUCGACCGCUUUAAGACUAUGGACUUUGGGAAAUUUGAUGAAAUCUAUGAUGUGGGUUACCAGCAUGGUAAACUGAUGUUUACUGAGUGGGCUCGUGGGGACAUCAUUGAUAUGCUGAAAGACCAUCGCUCAGCGGACUAUAAUGACAGCAAGAAGACCGAUUCGUGCACGUGUCCUAGUGCAGACUUCACCGAUCUAGCUGAAAUUGUGUCCAGGAUUGAGCCAGUACAAAGCUACUUAGGAGCUGAUGCAGAGGAGUCUGACUAUGCGACAGAGUACGAGGAGGAUGGGAUGGACACAGUGAGAGAGGAGGAGUGUGAGGGUGAGGGUGAGGAAGAAGAAGAAGAAGAGGCUGAAGACCCAGAGGACCAGUCUCCUGGAGAAUGGGGACCAAAUGGGAUCUUCACAACAGAUGAAGAGAAGACGGUGCGUCAGAGGAAGUACAUCACAAGGGACCUCAACAUGGACUUCUCUGGAGUGUCAGAUUCCUGAAAAGGGAGUAAUGCAGGGUCCAGAGGUCAAAGGGCACUGGAAAGAGAAGCAGAGACUCACCAGUGGCUGAGGAGUGUAAAGAUAGAUACAGAAGAAAAGACUUCUGAAUUAAUAAGAUUGUGGGGAAUUCACCAAAGAUACUGUGAUUUAGACCCAUUAACACUACAACACCCACAACUUGUCACCAAAACUGUGACUCCUCUAUUAUCGUUAUCGUUUUGCCUUUGAAUUUAUUUAUUUUCGGCUCAAGACUCUGCAACAACAGGGUCCAGGAACUGUGGGGGCCCACCUAGGCAGAGGAAUCACUCCUUGAGAAACUGUGCCACUGAAAUGAGGGGCUCUAUAUCUUUUGAGAUGUUUUGGUAUUUUACAUCUUAAAUGUCUAAAAGGGAGUUUCAUG